CGUUUUCAUUAUGACGUCUAUGGUUCAUGUGUACAGCCAGGACUACUUUUUUAUUUUGCAGGAUACAUACACAUCAUUUUCAAGUGCAGCAAAAUAAAAUAGAUGGAUAUAUUAGAACGUGUCAGUUUAGAAAUUCACACGAGAGUUGAAUAGGGAUACAAUAACGAAGGAUACACACACACCUUUUUCAAGUGCAGCAAAAUAAAAUAGAUGGGUAGAUUAGUACGUGUCAUUGGGGUAGGAUAGGGAUACAGUAACGAAGAUUCAAGACACAAAGUGCCGCAGUUAGAGAUUGAAACAAUUUUUUAAGGAACCCCGUGUAAAGAAAAACCAAGAGCAAGAUUGAAUGAAGAACUAUGGAAAACAGAAAAAACGUUGUUAAGGUAUAUCCAGUGCCAAAACCUUCUUAUUGUUUAAGCCCAGAAGAUACAAAUUCAAGCCCAGAGACAAACAAUUUUUUACAAACCGCAACUUUUGCCACGUAUGAGAAGGAUACAGAAGCUGCCAUGCCACAGUACAGCUUAGACCUUCAACCCUUUGUGUUACCUCCGACUCCAGAAGAUUUACUUAGCGUAGGGUCAGGGCAUGGUGAAUCGUUCUUGUUUGAAGAUAUUAUUGCAGAAUCAAGUGCACCUGAUAAUAUAUCUACUGGCACGAACAGCUUGCAUUGUCCAGCAGAUUUGGAUGAGUCUUUUCCUCUUGAUUCACACCUACAACCACUGUUAUCACACCCUUGUUCGCAGACUAAGCAAGCUGACGAACUAACUGUUAUACAACUAAAAGCAUUUGAUUCCCAGAAUCAGACAUAUCUAUCCGAUGAAACCAUCAAAGCACCAAAGACGGUAAGAUAUUCUGAAACAAGCAUUCAUCAGGAAAGUGAAACUUCUGAUCAAAAUGAAUCUGGAAUCAGUGCAGCAAGAGGUGUUACUCUAACUCUUGUACAGACAAACAGUGCCUCAGUUGUAACUAUGUCAACAGUGUGUUCAGAGGUACCAGGGAAUGAGCUGAGCACUAAUUCACAAGUUAAAACUAAGGCCAGCAGUUCGUUAAAAUUCCCUCCAUGUGUUAUAUGCAGUGGCAAAGCAUCAGGUGCACACUACGGUGCGAUAACAUGUGAAGCAUGUAAAGGGUUCUUCAGGCGUUACCUUCAAAAGAAAAAAGAAUUCAAAUGUACUAAGGGAGGAAAAUGUGAAAUUUCUAGUGGUAAAAAGGGGAACUGUUCAGGAUGUAGGUUAAAGAAAUGCCUUGCUCUUGGAAUGUCAAAGGAGAUGUCGAAGUUAGGAAGAUACACCUUAACGAAAAGGACAGAAGCAAUUAUCAAUAUGAAACGACUAGAAGGAAAUGUAGCAUCUGAUUCAGUUUCAGACGAAUGUGAUGUGCUUCCUGCUGAAAGUGGGUGCGAUGCAACCAGUUGUAAUAUAGAAACAGAUUUAAUGAUGCGGCAUCUUUUACAGAAUACAAAAACAUUAAACGUGUCUAAUGGCUUCAAUGAUAUGCUUGUUGUGGAACUUAUUCAAGCAAUGGAAGAUUUAGAACCUUACGGCCGAAAUGUAAAGACAAAGGAACAAAUCAGUGAACUGCACAAACAUCAUUCUGAAAGGUAUAAGCUAAAAACUGAACUCUUUGGUAAAAUGAACAGUGUAUCUAGAAAUGAAUAUAAUAGAUUGUAUACAGAAUUUGGCAUUGAUGUAGAUGGUCGGAUGGCUGAUAUGAAAAUAGAAUGUGAAGAUAUGGAAGAUGAUAUAGCGCGUUACUGUAACUUUGCAAAGCACAUUCCAGAAUUCCACAGUCUCCCCGUGCUUGACCAAUCAAACUUAUUAAAAGCUUUGAUGAUUGAUUUUUCUAUCGUAGUAGCGCUAGAUGGCUACAACGAUGAACUUCGGACAUUCAUAGGUAAGAAUCGACAAGGCUAUCACUUUGACGAGUUGGCUGAUAGAGAAUUAUCUGCAAAAUUGCUGUCAUUGAUGAAGGAUGUGUUUUGUCGCCUGCAAAAGUUGGAUCUGAGCAAAGCAGAAACUGCAUUGCUAGCUGCUUUAACUUUGGUCUCCACUGAUCGAUGCAAGCUGCACAAUCGUGCCCUUGUAGAAAAAAUUCAGUUGGCUGUUACAGAGUUGCUUCAACAAGAGAUAAAGAAAAAGCAAAAGCAAGUAGCUCGGAGCAGAUUCACAAAGAUUAUUGACUCAUUAACAUAUAUGCGAGAGAUGUCUGAGCUUUUUACGAAGGAAAACAAUGUGUUGUGUAAAGAUGAAGUGAUGAUUCAAGAAUUCCCAUAUUUUGUAGACUUUAUCAUUGAAGAAAAUUGUUAAAAUAUUUAUUCACAUAUUCGUUAUAUCCGAAUGUGGUAAACCUGGGUUUUGGCAAAGAAAUAUUUUGCUUUUUGUAAAUAUCUAAAUAAAUAGUUUAAGUUACCAUAUUCUUUUACCAUACAUUAAAGAAUACAUUAUGACGGAGCUUUGGACCUUAUUGAGUAAAUAUUGUUCGAGUUAUUCCCAAAAAUAUACCUAAAAAACUCCCCGACUUCGAGAACGUUUAUCAACAGAAACCAUUAAAUGCUCCUAAAUACAUAUUUUAUAUAUUGCCAUGGUAUUUCCACUUUCAAUAUAUUGUAAAUAUAUGUCUUAAUAUUUAUGUAAAGUUUGAGGACAUGACAUUGUGUAGCUUUAAAGUAAUCUUGAAAAAUCUACUUUGUUUACAUUUUUGCUAGUCCAUUUCUUAUAUGACUAGAGCUGGCCAAUAAAAAUUAUUUAUUAAAAAUAUUUAGAGAUAUUGUUCAGGUCUGAAACUUUACUGUCAUGUCAAGGAUAUUAAUUUUUAGUUAUGUGAAAUUUUGUAGAUUUUUUAGAAGCCUUGUUCUCUUGUAAUCCUUUAAAGAUGGCCCUUAGAUGUGAAGACUGAUUUUGGCAGCCAUAUUGGAUAUUUUUGGGAGAAUUUGUGUGUCAAUUCUUUGACACUUGAUUUAACUACUUUUAAAUCAUUAUUUGUAAUUUGAAAUAAACUGGUAACUUGAAGUUUUUCUUCUAGUUUGUGUUUAUGUAAUUGUUUUUUGAUGACAUUUAUUUAUUUCUUGCAUUUGAUGAGAAAAGUUUUACAUAUUUGGAAAAAUGUCAUCGACCAAUCAGAUUGCAGCAUUUUUGGUGCUUCUCUAUAAAUAUGGGCUUAUCAUUUAUUUCUUGGCUCUUCUAGUUUACACUUUUGGAUUAAACACUUCUUCUUAGGUUUGAAAUUAUUGGAAAUUUGGAGCCAAUUUUAGGAACUUUGGACUUUAUUUUUUUGGGGGGAAUAAUUUAGAAAUUUGGAGUUUAACUUAUUUGCUUAAGUUCGUAUAGACGAUCAACAAAUUAAACUACCAACCAUGUACUGGAUUCCUUAAUUGCAUAAACAACCAUAUAAAGCACGCUUCAUCGCUAAUUCAAGCUCUUAUAGAACUACAAAUAUUUCAAAACUUUUAACAUCAUGUCUAACUGCUGUGAAAGCCCACGUGGAAAGAUACUGCGAUAAAGUAUACAAAAACUCUGGUAAACAUUUAUUUUGGUCGAUUAAAAAUUCUGGCGAAAUCCUGGAUAAGUUUAAAAUUAAUAACUACAAGGUAUCUACAGUCAGUACAUACGAUUUUUGUACUUUGUAUACCACUUUGUCACAUACCGUAAUAAAUGACAAACUAACUGCCCUAAUUCAAAAGACUUUUGCCAGAGAGAAUGCUACAUUUCUCGCUUGCAGUUUUGAUAAAGCUUUUUUUACUAGCAAUAUUAUUAAACAUUAUACAAUGUGGACCUGUGACGAAGUUUGUAAAGACCUUUCCUUUUUAUUGAACAACAUUUACAUCAGGUUUGGGAAUGCAGUUUUUAGACAAGUAGUUGGUAUUCCCAUGGGAACAAAUUGUGCACCCCUUGUCGCAGAUUUGUUUUUAUAUUGUUAUGAAAGAGACUUUAUGUUGAGCCUUUCUCCAUAUACGCAGGCAGAUAUUAUAACUGCAUUUAAUAAUACAUCACGCUAUCUGGAUGAUAUUCUUAAUAUGGAUAAUCCGUUUUUUGGUCAAAUGGUGGGUACUAUUUAUCCUAGGGAGCUUCAGUUAAUUAAAACCAACAAUUCGGAUACUGAUGCUUCGUUUUUAGAUUUACAUCUCUCUAUUUAUGACAAUAUUAUACAUACCAAAAUUUAUGACAAGAGGGAUGAUUUUAACUUUAGUAUUGUAAAUUUUCCCCAUUUGGAUGGGGAUGUACCUCAGGCUACAUCUUAUGGGGUAUAUAUUUCUCAAUUAAUUCGGUUUGUCAGAGCGUGUAGUCAUGUCAGACAUUUCAUGAACAUAAUCUAUAUAUUACAAGUAAACUUCUUCAGCAAGGCUACCGUUAUUACAAAUUGCGUAAAUAUUUUGCUAAAUUUUAUUAUCGUAAUUCUGAUUUAGUUUUAAAAUUCAAUAGUAAUUUAAAGACACUUCUGCGAGAAGGUAUUUCUAAACCCGUUUUUUUAUGGGGAUGUGGUUUACGAACUUCGUUAGAUCUUGGGUCAUGGUAAGUUUCCAAAUGUAUUUGGUAAAAUUAUAAAACGUUUAAUUAAAAGAGGUUACGACCCAACUGUUUUGAGACAUACCGCAUGUUUAGUGUUCAACCCGUUUACAAUUGGACACUACGCUUCCCUCUUUGAUUGUGUAUGUAAGAAGAGGGGGAGGACUCUAUGAUAAGAAGUUUUUAAAUCUUACCAGGACUGAACUGUUUUGAUAUCUGUAUAUUUAUACAGGAGCAUUUUUGUGUUUUACAUGCCAUGCCUUUUUGUUUCCAUUACGUGUGUUAGAGAUUCACCUGGCGGGGAUUACUUUUAUUUACAGUCGCGUGUCUCUGGAUCAUGGUGGGGGUAAGAGUGAGGUUGGGUGCGCACCAUAAACCGGUUUAAGCUCCCCAGUGGUGUUUUUUGCCACUGACCGUUCCAAGGCGGUGCCCCACUGUGUUCCUUUGUUCGUUGUGUCCUCUUGUGUAGGCUUUGUGUGUGUAUGUGUGUGUGUUCCUUUGUUUGUUCGUUUUGUCCUCGUGUGUUGGCUUUGUGUGUGUGCACGUGUAUGUAUGUGUGUGUGUGUGUGUGUGUGUGUGUGUGUGUUUGUGGUGUGCACGUCUGCGUGCUGUAGGUUUCGUUUUGGGGAGGCUGCGAUUUUGGUACGUGGCAUUCCCUGUUUGAUAUUUGUCUUUGUUUUUAAAAUUACUGAAAUUUAUGUGCAUUUAUUUGGAAUAAUUGUGGAAUUUUCUGAUAAUAUUGGCAUAUAUAUUUUAACUGGUGUAUAUAUUAAUUAAAGAAGCUUAUUUGUAGACAUAAUUUAGAUCUUUGUAGUUGUGAAUGUGUGGUUAUGAGAAGACUUUAGAUUUAAUAGAUUUAUAAAAUUUAA